AUUUGUAAAGAGUGUGUUCAAAAUGCUAAGAAAACGUGAGCAGAUCGUAAGAAAUGUUCGUAUUUGACAACUUUUGAUGCCUCAGGAGAUGAAAGGCACUGCAAGUUUGCAAGGAAAGUGGCAUAGUAUAACAACACCGCUUUUAACAACGAAAUAGAGUCAAUGUUAAUAUAUAGUUUUUUAGCUCAAGUAACACUAUGAUUCUCACCCCACUCAAAAUAAUUUUCCAACCAUUUAAAUAAUUUUCUAAGUGUAACUUUCUGCACGGCGGACUUCAAUAUGGCUUGUUACAAGCGCUGUCCUGUACUAUACUUUACUAAAGGUCAGUGGUCGACCACUGGACAUUUUCUACCUCAAAAACUGUACUAUUAUUAGUAUUAUAUAACAUGUUUUGGAGACUAGUGACGGCAUCGGUCGUGUCUUGUAGUCUUAAAAAUGAAAACUUGAACGUCUUUAUUCAUGUGAACUAAAAGACAGUCGUAGUAGUGAUGCAUUCCGUGCAACCGACGGUAGACAACGACACCGGAAUAACAUGAAGUAUUCCGCACUUUUCAGAAUCAAAAUGGCGCUUCGCUCAGGAGUGAAGAAUUGAGUUUGUUAUGGAAAAUGCUCUUCCUGUGAAGUUUUGGGGGUUGGAUCCCCUGUAUUGGACUCAUGUUAAACUGUUUGCGAGAGAUGUGUUGAAACUAAAGGAAUAUCCUGGGUUUACGGGAGUCUAUGCAAUCAGUAACCAUCCCAUUGUCCACGCCUUGGUCGUUGGUUAUAUUGUCAAAGUCGAUAAGAGAGAAAAAUUGACAAAUUAUGGUGUUGAUGAUGGAACUGGUUUUCUGCCAUGUUGUAUGUGGCAUGAUCAAAGUAAUGGAAUUGAAGCAGAUUUUGGUGAUCUGGUCACAGUGAUGGGUAGAAUCUCGACUUUUAGAGAGGAAAGACAGAUUACUCUUUCUAAACUCAAUAUUGAGACAGAUUCCAACGUAGAGGUAUUACACUGGCUUGAGGUCAUGAAAUUGAAAGAAGUUUAUCAAAAACCAUUCAAACCACCACAAGAUCCCAAACAAAAAACCGUGAAACCAAAGCCUUGGAUCAAAAAUGAGUUGGACGCUGAAAUUGACCGACUCGAAGAAUUGCUGAAGACAACAAUUAGGGAGUAUUUGGAGGCCAAGAAUGUUGUCACGUUCAAUCUUUCAGUUUUACUCGAACUCAACAAUGUGGUGGAAAUCGUCAAACAACUUUUAAACAAAUUUGCUGAACGUUCAAAUGGGGGCAAGGGUGAAGUUAAAAGAAUUCACAUAUCAAGCAAAGACAUUGGUCAAGUCGUAAAGGAAUCUUUGAGGAAACUUGAGAAGGAUGGAAUUUUGUGGUGUAAAUAUGUCACAGAUUUUGUUAAUACGAAUAAUCGAGAGUUUGAGUUUUUUUCAAUCGCAAAAGAUUUAUCACCAAGUAUAGUUGCAGUUAUCAAGGAAACCUCCGAAAGUGAAGGAGAGACCUCGUAUGGUAUUGCGUUUAAAAAGAUCAUGGAGAAACUGAAAUCGUUAGAAAAGUACCAAUACGUUCGUAGAGAUCGGGUGAAGGACGCAAUAGAGCAUCUUAUGAGUACCGGGGAUAUCUAUGAAGCGAUAGAUUACCACUAUCGUGUUGUAUAAACAUACUCAUUAUCA